AUUCCACUGUAAUAAAAACCAUGGCUGAAACAAAGAAGCUUCAUGUUGUGUUAUUUCCAUGGUUAGCUUUUGGCCACUUAAUUCCAUUUUUCGAACUUGCUAAACAAAUUGCACGUAAGGGUCACAAAGUUUCCUAUAUUUCAACUUCUAGAAACAUCGAUCGACUCCCAAAAUUUUCUCAAAAGUUAAAUUACUCCAUACAUUUUGUUAAUCUUUCUCUACCUUUAACCAAAGGUCUACCAGAAAACGCGGAGGCCACAAAGGAUGUACCACUUGACAAGGUUCAAUACCUCAAGAAGGCUUUUGAUGGACUCGAAUCCGAGUUGACUCAGUUCCUCGAGGACUCAGUCCCCGAUUGGAUCAUUUACGAUUUUACCCCUUAUUGGUUGCCCCCGAUCGCGGGUAGACUUGGAAUUUCACGUGCCUUCUUUAGCACGUUUAAUGCAUGGUCUAGUGUAUUUUUUGGUCCGGCAAAAGACGUAAUUGACGGUAAUAUUCAACGGACCAAGCCUGAGGAUUUCACUGUUCCACCAAAAUGGAUCCCUUUUCCGUCCAAUAUAGCAUUCCGUCUCUAUGAAAUAAACAGGUAUUUUGGCCAUGGGCAAGAGAACGUCUCAGGCGUCUCCGAUUGGCAUCGGUUUGGAGAAUCAGUGUCCGGUUGUGAUGUGUUUCUUGUACGUAGUUGUAACGAGUUAGAGAGAGAAUGGUUAGAUCUUCUUCCAGAGCUUCAUCAGAAACCUAUCGUGCCAGUCGGCCUGUUGCCACCUUCCGUACAAGAUACGGAAGGUGACAAAAGCUAUGCAUGGGGUUUUAUUAAUAAUUGGUUAGCCAUGCAACGUAAAAAAUCAGUUGUUUACGUAGCCCUAGGAACCGAGGCAACUCCGAGUCAAGAGGAACUCACUGAGUUGGCUCAUGGGUUGGAGUUAUCCGGGUUGCCAUUUUUCUGGGCUCUAAGGAAACAACAUGAUUUUUUAUUGUUAAAAUUACCCGAAGGUUUCGAGGAACGUACCAAAACUCGAGGUAUAGUUUGGAUGAGUUGGGCUCCACAACUCAGGAUAUUGGAACAUGACUCAGUGGGUUGUUUUUUGACUCAUUGUGGCUGGGGUUCUAUUAUAGAAGGACUUCAAUUUGGAAAACCCCUUGUUAUGUUGCCUUUUUUGGGAGAUCAAGCACUAAAUGCUCGAUGUUUGGAAGAAAAAAUGGUGGGAUUAGAAAUUCCAAGAAAUGAAAGGGAUGGGUCUUUGACUCGGAACUCAGUGGCUGAGUCACUCAAAUUAGUGAUGAAUGAUGAGAAGGGAAAGAUUUAUUGGGAGAAAGCAAAUGAAAUGAGAAAAAUAUUUGGAAACAGAGAUUUAUGUGAUAACUACAUAGAUGACUUCAUUGAAUUCGUAAGAACAGAAGUAAUUGUAUAGAUUAAUAGAGUGGAUUAUCAUAGAUGAAAAUAUUGUACCUACCAUUCACCUUUCUCUUUUCUCUUUUCCCUCCCUUGGUGUAAUAAAACAAAUUAAAUAAAUAAUCUUUUUUAUUUUCUA